GCACUAGUCCUUGAAUUUCUCAACAAAAUCCUUGAUCGUGUGGGAAGAUGGUUUUCAGCCCUGAAUAAUCAUCGAAAAAAAAAUCUUUGCGAUCGACUAUGGACAUUCUGGCAUCCAAGAAUAGUUUAUAGAUUUAUAGGAGCUUCUGUAGAACCUACUAUUUUAGUCUUGGGAUCAGAAAUGGGCUUACUUUUCUCGAAACUCUUUAGUUGGUUCAGUAAUGAAGAACACAAAGUUAUCAUUGUUGGAUUGGAUAAUGCUGGGAAAACCACUAUACUAUAUCAGUUUCUAAUGAAUGAAGUAGUCCACACAUCACCAACAAUAGGCAGCAACGUUGAAGAGAUUGUUUGGAAGAAUAUACACUUUAUAAUGUGGGACAUAGGAGGCCAGGAGUCAUUAAGAGCGGCAUGGAAUACAUAUUAUGCAAAUACUAGAUUUUUAAUUUUAGUCAUCGAUAGUACAGACAGAGAAAGACUAGCCAUCUCCAAGGCUGAACUGUAUCAAAUGCUAGCAAAUGAAGAACUGAAGCAAACUGCCAUCCUCGUUUUUGCAAAUAAACAAGAUAUAUCAGGCUCCAUGUCAGUAGCAGAUAUUUCUGAACAGCUCAACUUAUCCUGUAUCAAGGAUCAUGGAUGGCAUAUCCAGCCUUGCUGUGCCCUGACAGGGGAAGGGUUGUAUCAAGGACUGGAGUGGAUUACCACACAAGCAAGAAAGUGAUUGCUUGUUUUAUAGAAAAUAUAUUAUUUUAUAACUUCCAUAUCUUCAAUGACGUUCCAAUUAAGCCUCCUAACAGGUUCCUAAAAUCCUAUGAAAAUCUUCAUCCAUUACUACUAGAGAUUAGCCACAAAUCCAUGGAAUGCAGUGUAUUUAUUCCAAGUAAUACUUGACUGGUGAUCUCCUGUAAUGAGCUCACAUAAAGACAAUCCAAGGGGAACAUAAAUGGUUUCUUUUUUCUUGUCAAACUGCAAGUAUUUUAGUCCAGAAAGCAUGGUGACAAGUGGUGGCAAACAUUAAGGAAGGUGUCUACAAGACUGUUGCAAGUAACAUCACUGGCAACAGAGUUUUCAAAGCAUGUCAAAUGUGCCUGAACAGUACCAACAACAAACUUAGACCAAAAGAACAGCCCCUAUUUCUGGCCAGUGGAACAUAGGAAACUCAUUUCUCUGGCUGAUUUCAUGAAGCCAUUACCAGUAAUGAUGAAGGCAUGUUCAUUGGGAAAAUAUUAUUAUACACAAUUUUAUAGAAAUGAAACUCAAUUCUACUUCUCCAGUGGGUAGCCCCCAGUGUUUUAUAGAAUUGGACACAGUACAAGUUUCAUUGUUUCACUCAAUAAUUACCUCAGUUGUAUCUUGGCCUCUAGAUUGUCACUUCCACAUAGAGUACUCCAAAAAAAACAGUGUUUUAUUUUACACAACGCAACAAAUAAUCCUUAUGAUCUAGAAAGCAAUCAUCAAUUCAAAGUUAAAAGAAAAUAAGGAACUAGUUAAUUGGGAACUUGAACUUUAAAUAUAGAUAGUAUAAUUUAACUGUUGUGAAUGUAUAUAAAUUUAAAUUUCAUUAGCAAUAAUAAUUUCCUUGUAAGUGUAUAGGUAUAAACUCUGUGAUAUUUAUAGCAAUUUUUUUUCUUUAUUAUUAACUUAAUAAAACUUGGCUCUAACACUUUG